AUGCACACGAACUUGGGAGAUCUCAAGAUUGAGUUGUUCUGCGAAUUGAUCCCUAAGAACACGCAGAAUUUCCUGGCUCUCUGUGCAAGCGGAUAUUACGAUAACACAAAGUUCCACAGAAAUAUGAAAGGAUUCAUUAUUCAGGGAGGAGAUCCGACAGGAACCGGCAAGGGAGGAGAAAGCAUUAACGGAAUUCCGGUGGAAGACGAGUUCCAUCCAAGCAUUAAAUUUGAUCGUCGCGGCAUGGUAGCGAUGGCGAAGAAGCACCCGAAUACGAACAAAAGCCAGUUCUAUAUCAUUUACGACAGGCAAAGCCAACUUGACAAUGUUGACACAAUCAUAGGAAAGGUGAUUUAUGGAAUGGACACUCUGCAGGCGAUGGAGGCCGUUGAGGUAAAUGAGAAAUAUCGUCCCAAGCGAGAUAUUAUCAUCGAGAGUAUAACGAUUCAUGCAAAUCCGUUUGCGCUGUAA